AUGAGUAUGUACAAGCUGCAUCUCCUGACAGAAGAGCCAGAGAUGUACACCCCAACAAAGGAGCUAGCAAUAAGUGCAUGCCAGACAAUGCUUAGAAUAAGAAACAUGGAAAUGGUUCUGCAUGAUCUCUACAAGGAAAAGAAGAUUCGCGGGUUUUGCCAUUUAGCAAUUGGGCAGGAGGCAAUAUCAGCAGGAAUUGAGCUUGUGCUUGGGGCAAAGGAUGUUCUAAUCACAAGCUAUCGAUGCCAUCCAUUUGCACUUAUCUCAGGGAUGGAUGCAAAGGAGAUAGUCUGCGAGAUGUUAGGUUCAGUGGACGGGUGUGCCAGAGGAAAGGGCGGGUCCAUGCAUCUGUAUGGCGACCGGUUUCUGGGUGGACAUGGGAUUGUAGGAGCACAGGUUCCCCUGGGGCUUGGUGCUGCCUUUGCUGAAAAGUAUAGAUCUGUGCAGAAUGACUCUCUGUCCAAAAAGCCUGCAGAGCCUGAGGGUGUGGUUGGUGAGUGGACAAAUAAGAUAUGGAAUGUGUUCAAGUGCAAGAAUGUGACAAUUGCAGCAUUCGGGGACGGAGCAUCAAACCAAGGGCAGAUAUAUGAGUCCCUCAAUAUGGCUGCGCUGUGGAAACUGCCCAUCAUCUUCCUUUGCGAAAACAACGAGUACGGGAUGGGCACGCCUGUCUCCAGGGCAAGUGCAUCAACAACCAUCUACAAUCGAUUCUCAUUUGUGCCAGGGAUACUCCUUGACAGCACGGAUGUGUUUGCAGUUGCAGGCGCAAUGAAGUAUGCCAGGGAACAUGCACUAACAAAAGGACCCAUCAUAGUUGAGUGCUCAACGUAUAGGUUCAACAACCACUCAAUGACUGAUGCAUUUGUUGGGUACAGAAAUCCUGCAGAGAUUGACUUGCGCCGUAAAAAGGAUUCAAUUGAGUGGAUUAAGAAGUACAUGGGGGAAGAUGCAGACAAGAAGGUAUCUGAGCUUAACGAGUUAGCACACAGCGAAAUGACAAAGAUUGGAGGCAUAUCAGUGAACUCCCCUAGAUGUUCUGCUGCCGACUUUACAACAGACAUUCUUGUCUAA